AUGUGUUUGAUGCCGUAUAUCCCAGUCACAAUUUAUUUUGCAUCUUCAGAACAACCUCCAUGGUUCCUGACGAUACAGUUUAAAGAAGCAAUAUUUACUGAUUACAAAAGCUCUCUUGAUGUUUCUGACGGAAUUUUAGACUUCGCUAAUCUUUUCUCGUUUCCUAAUUAUCUACUGAACGCUACACCAUUUGUAUCUCUCUUCGUUUAUGGGGAACAAGACUGCCUUCAAGCUUGUACAGAGAACCCUCGAUGUCGAUCGUUGAACUUCAAAGAAGGUUCUCAAUUACAUGGAAAGUUGCUCUGUGAACUCUUGGACACUGACAAAUUUAAGUCGUUGAAGCUAUUUGUUCCAAGUUUGGAUUUUCAUCACUUUAGUGCAACAGCCCCUUGCGAGCUCGAUCCGUGCGAGAACGGAGGAACCUGUCACCCAGUCGAGAUGGCGUACGACUUCAAAUGCGCCUGCCCUCCAGGUCUCUUUGGGAAGCAAUGUGAGAACUUGACCAAGAGCUGCGCUGAGCUGCUAGACGCUGGCUUCACAAACAAUGGUGUCUACAAAAUUCUUUUUAACAAUUCCCAAGCGUUCGACGUGUACUGCGAUCAGUCCAGCCGGGGAGGAGGUUGGACAAUGGUUUUCAAGGUUGUAUCUGGCGUCUCGGUUAACGGUAGUAGCAUCUCACAACUGUGGUUUUCAUCGGAGACGAUCAAUGAAAAUAGAUCAGAGGCACUGAACAUCGAUUCUUCAUUCAAAGAACAUUACAAGAAUCGCUUUGUGCCAAAUUGGCACCUUGCAAAACCCAAAGAGGUGCAGAUAGCUUUGUACAAACGGAAUGGCUCAGAUCCCGAGACCCUUUCUAUCGUAUUCAACUCUACUAAUUCUGACGACAAAAACUGGUUUUCUAAAAGUCGGAUCGUUCACUCCCCCUGGACAGAUUUGGAAAGCGAGCGCCAAAACUACUUCUCGAUCAAGGGCUGUUGCAAUGGAAGGAAUUUCUACAUUUCCAAAAUUCACAACCUUUGCCCGAAUGAUGAAGGAUGGCUGGCCAUUAUCUCUAGUAAUUGUCCAUGGGAAAAACGUUUUCCUCCCUCCACUGUUUUGUACAGUAACAGGACGACUUACACAAAUUGGAAUCAUCACGAAAAUGUUGGAGUCGCAGAUUUGUUUGUGGUGUAUAUUCGUUAAUAAUUUACCAGAUAAGAUAUCGCCGACUGAGGUAGAAACAUCAAAGCCUGUUGAAUAUUUAAG